AUGACAUUUACAUGUACACAUGAUGACUGCGGACAUCGGUCUACGCACGAAUUCGCAAGGAGAAGCUAUGAGCGGGGCUUGGUCCUGGUGCAAUGUCCAGAAUGUAAAGCGAGGCAUCUGAUAGCGGAUCAUAUUGGCUGGUUCAAGGUGAGUCAAAGUCCACACCGGUGUUUCAGAUGGAAGAUGACUAAUCACUAUGUGCUGCAGGAGAGCACGGAAGAAGGCAAGCUCAAAACUGUGGAAGAUCUCUUGCGGGCCAAAGGCGAGAAGAUCAAGAAGGGGAAAGUCAACUUUGAUGGAGACAUCGAAUACUUUGAGGGGUAG